AGUGCGCCGUCUCCUCGCGUGGAACAUGCGCGCAUGAAAUAUGAUAAGGAUGUUAUUCUGCUGUGAACAUUUUCCGAAUCCGGGGAAGAAGUAAAGUUAAAUUGAGAGUCGCUAAGCCAAUGUGACCUUGUGUGUGACCUCGAAGAGCGAGACGAGGUUUCACUCAAACAGGUUUUAUGGUGUGUCACCUCCCCGCCAUGUGGUAACCAUCUGAACACAAAAAAAGAUACUGAACAACAGCUCUAGCCGCUGAUCUCAUCGACAUAGUGCACCUGCCGGCUCACAUGGCCCACCAUUAUGAACCCUGGCUACGGACGGCGUCACCUAGUGGCAGUGCAGAAGAAAUGAACAUCCCUUCUUGGUGGGACCUCCAGAGGGAUGUUCAGUCUGGAAAUUGGAUUGAUCUCCACACAGGGCAUGUUGCUGACUUACCCUCCGUGAAUACAGGAAGCACUAUGGGGCUUCAGUCCGCUUUAGGUUCCUAUAGUUCCGACCCGCAACUGUGCUCCUUGCCUUUAACUCAACAUGUACCAGCAUCACACAUGCCUCUCUUCCCUCCGGAUGGCUUCAAGAUGGAACCUGUAGCUCCUGGUAUCUUGCACCAAGAAGCAUUCGCGCUGGAGGAGCCCCGGGAGAAUGUCGUGUCAGGCCGGCCAAAGUCCCAGAGGCGUUCUUCUUCCAGAGGUGCUGGCCUAGCCGUGUGCCGCUGUCCUAACUGCGUUCACGCUGAGCAACUGGGCCACGGCACGGAUGACACCAGGAGGAAGCACAUGCACAACUGCCACAUACCCGGUUGUGGCAAAGCCUACGCUAAGACCUCUCAUCUGAAGGCUCACCUAAGGUGGCACAGCGGGGACAGGCCGUUCGUCUGCAACUGGCUUUUCUGCGGCAAGCGUUUUACACGUUCUGAUGAACUGCAGCGCCAUUUACAGACGCACACCGGUACCAAGAAAUUUAGUUGCGCAUUAUGCCCUCGAGUGUUUAUGCGAAAUGAUCACUUGGCCAAGCACAUGCGCACACACGAGUCUCCGGCUGGGCAUGGGGACGAGAGCUUGAACGGCGAGAGCAAUGGUUUUGAUUCGCCCACACCUCCUCAGUCGUCAUCAAACAUGCCUGCACCUGACACCGCACAGCCUCCACUGAAGCUGAAAUGUGAGACAGACCCCGUCUCCAGUGUAACUGGGUAGUCCAGCAAUUUCACCACUUUCUGAAUUUUUUGUUUGUUAUAAGAAGAGAUGUGGGAGCCUGUGGUAAUUACUACCAGGGGGUCAUUUUUACCAUGGUACUUUUUGCAAAAAUUACAUAAUAUUUGAAUUUGUCUUCUUGUGUAUAUUGCAACCAUUAGAUGUCAGCCAUGUUGUUUGUUUCUCUUCUUCAGAGCACAUGUUAAGUAAAUAGUCGUCACUAUUCAAAAGUUGGCACUUAAGAGCUUUUUUAGAUUUAUGGUCAAUUUAAAAAAAAAACUUAAAUGCUGGCAAUUAAAAUUGUUGUUGUUUUUAUUGUUAUUAUUCAUUGUUGUAUUGUUUUUUUGUUUGUUUGUUUUUUUUAUAAUUAUAACACUUUUAUAAAGACAUAUUCAAGACAUUGUUAAAAAAAAGACUAAAUUACUAAAAUAAAAAUGAAUGAAAACAUAAAUACACAUUGGUCACCGGCCCAAGUAACACUUAAGUUUUUUUUGUUUUUUUUUAUAGUAUUAUUUAACUCAUUGCAUGCAAAAGAUGUCCAAUUCAUUUAAACUGGGAAGACUGGCUGUGAAUGCUCAUGUUUCAGUGCCAUUGAUGUCCCUAGACAUUUAAUACAUUUUGACUGGGAGAGGUGAAUGAAAGAACGUUCAAAAAUGGUUAAAAAAUGGCACUAACUACCCUGGCCUCCUGUAGCAUCUGUUGCACUUUCUGUCAUCAGCUUCAAAAUAGCGCUUCUGGGCUUAAGGUUUGAACUCUAAAUAGAUGGAAGCCGUAUAUUCCGCACUAUAAAGCGCAUCGGAGUAUAAGGUGCACCUUCAACAAAUGGCAUAUUUUAAAACUGUUUUCAUUUACAGGUAGUCCCCAGUUAAUGAAUGAGUUCUGUUCCUGCACUGGCGAUGUGAACCAGAGUUCCACAUAAUCCAGAAUUAACCCUUUAAAUAUCUCAAAACCUCUUCUAAAAAAAAAAAAAAAAAAAAAAAUCCAAAAACAUGUAUUAUACAUUAUUGUGCUGUCCUCACCAAGACGUUGCAGCUAAGCUCGGAAAUCACGAUGUCAGACGGCCAUGUGAACUGCAGACUUUAUUCAGCGGCUCAUGAAAUCAACACUUGCAGAAUAAAAGUAAAAUAAAAUGAAAUUAAAUCAGUCUCAUCUUCAAUACCAGCAAUUCAAACAUGCCUUUACAAGUAGCCGCUGAUACAGCAAUAACAAACGAUUAGCAUGUAUCAAUUAGCGUCCGCACAUCAUCAAAAACAAUCAAAAAACUAUUCGACCACGAUUGAAAACGCACAAUAAACAGUACAAAAAGGGUUAUAGAGCCGUCGCCUCUGGAUGCUUCACAAGCAACAAAUGUGUGCGCAGGCUGUCAUCUCGGCACUCGGCUGCUCUGUGCGUGCGUGUGUGGGGUGGGCGGGCAUGUCUGUACAUGCGCUCGCGUCCCGUUCUACACUCCGUGCAGCAAAAUAAAAGCAUGCACCACAAAACAAUAGUCAACAAUAAAAAAAUUAAUUAAUGAAAAUAAAAAAGGCGUCGUAAAGUCGAAAUUGCGUAAAUCGGGUUCGUUGUAACCUGGGGACUACCUGUAUAGGGCGCACCGCAUUAUAAGGCUCAGUAGUAGUAGUAGUAGUAGUAGUGGUUGGGGUUGCAUUAUACAUCCACUAGAUGGUGGUGCGCUAAAUUUCAUGCCAUGAUUAACCAAUAUUGACCCAUAUAUAAGGCGCAUUGGAUUUUAAGACACUGUCUGCUUUUGAGAAAAUUGAAGGCUUUUCGGUGCGCCUUAUAGUGCACAAAAUACGGUGCCUGGAACAAAACAUGUUCUUUUAUUGUUCAGUAAUUUAUUCAUAUUGCCUGGACUCUCAACUCAGUGAUAGCACUCUGACAUCUGCCAAGCUUUAAUUGAUACCAAAAGUGCGCUUAAUUUUAAUUAAAGGAUCAUAUCCUUUUUAUUCUGGCUCAAGGGAACACCUUCAACAUGAUACAGAACAACAGAUAAUACAUUCUGAUUAGUGACAUAAAACGGGAAGCAGUUUUAUACCAUUCCAAAUUGUUAAGGAGAAUAGUGAAAGAAAAUAACUUUGCCUGUCUGGAUUCGCACCGAAAAUAAAUAGGUUCUUCUACUGCAAAAAAAGAAAGCCAAAACGUGGUGUUAGUAAUAUAAAUCGAAAUCUGAUUAGCUGAAUAGUACAAUGCAAUGUCUUUAUUUAAAGCAAGUAUCUGACACAGAUUAAUCAAGACAAAUUUUUACUUGCCUGACUAACCUGAUUUUAAGAAUCUGCCGAUGCCGAGUCCCGAUCCUAUUAAAAAAUAUAUUUAGAUACUGUAUUUGAACAAAAGUUCCAAACUUGUUACAGUAAUGUAAUGUUUCCAAUGCCUCCUCUUCCACUUUUCCCGGGAGCGUUGCGGAGUUUAAAAUGUAUAUAUUUUUGUUUCUUUUGGCAAUGCCAUUGUAUUUCUGGAUUAUUUUGUUACUUUUUAGCCCUUAAUUAUUUUUAAAUAUAUAUAUAUUUUUUUAAUUAUAAACCGGAUCCUUUUUACCUGAUGCUGAUCUUCUGAUGAAUGAAUGGCCCGAUCGGCCCAAUUUCCGAUCAUGUGAUCAGAUCGGGGACAUUCCUUGUUAAAAGCAUUAAGGGCAUCAGAAUAACGCUUACUGUAAUUAAUAAGUUUACAAGUGUGCAGUAUCCCAAUUUCCUUAUUAUUAUUUUAUUUUAUUUUUUUUUUACUUUAGAAGAGGUACAUUGUUGUGUAUUUGUUGUUUGGCGAGUAUUAAUAUUUUGUAUAGUAAUUAGUUUAUGGUGUUUUGCUUUAUGUAAAUUUGAUCAGUAAAUAAAGAUAUAUGACAACUUUAAAUAAAAAAUCCUUAGUCUUUUUAAACUGUAGCCACUGUAAUAAAACCAGAUUGUGAUCAUGUGAUGUAAUA